CGGGGUGAGAGGUGAAGCAAAAAGGUUAAAACCUGAAUGAAUUCGGUCGGGUUGAUAGUACGUUAGACACGUACAAGUAUUAUAAAGUUGAAAAUAAUAUUUAAACAUAUGUUUUAAGAGAUAAGUUACCAUUUGCAUAAGACAAUAUGGCAAAUGUCAUAAGAAAUUUAGUGCUAACUGUGAUUAGUUUAUCAUUUGUUAAUACAGAUACACCUCUAAAAUUCUAUCAAGAGAAGAAAUUUCAUGAAGCGCAAGAGCUUACAGAUGCAAAUAUAAAGGAAAUAGCACAGAUGUCAAAUAGGGAACACUUCAAGAAAGUGUUGAACCAAAUAUUAAUACCGCGAGUUGUUGGUACUAUUAACCACGAAAAAGUAGGUAAUUAUAUAUCGAACGAGAUGAAAAACCUCGGCUGGGAUGUCCAAGAGAAUAUUUUUCCCGAUCACACGCCUGUAUUCGGGACACUGAACUUCAGAAAUAUAAUCGCGACAUUAAAUCCUAAUGCCGACAGAUAUCUAGUACUCGCCUGCCAUUAUGACAGUAAAUACACGAGGGAACAUGUCUUCAUUGGAGCGACUGAUUCAGCUGUGCCUUGCGCGAUGUUAUUGAACAUGGCCGCUGUGAUGUCCAAACAAUUGGAGAGUAAGAAGAAUUCGUCUCCGAGUCUUAUGUUCAUAUUCUUCGACGGCGAGGAGGCCUUCAGACAAUGGGGUCCAAAGGAUUCUAUAUACGGAGCAAGGCAUUUAGCCAAAAUGUGGCACGGAACACCUUACAAAGAUGGCGCCAAUCACCUACAGAGACUGGAUGUUCUGAUGUUAUUAGACCUCCUCGGUACGCCGGAUCCGGCGUUCUAUAGCUAUUUCAAAUCCACCGAAAAAUGGUACAUCCGUUUAGCGAGCGCUGAACAAAGACUCGCUGAACUAUCACAAUUCUCAGCUUACUCCAGAGGGAAGGCUGAACAAACAUAUUUCAGAUUAUCAAGCUCUAACGCCGUCAUCGAAGACGAUCAUAUACCGUUUUUAAGGAGAGACGUGGACGUGCUUCACAUCAUUCCGAACCCGUUCCCCAGCGUCUGGCACACGGAACGCGACGACAUGACAGCACUAGACUUCAACACCAUAGACAAUCUCAAUAAAAUAUUCCGAGUAUUCGUUGCUGAAUACUUACAUUUGAUCUCCUAAAUUAUUUAAUCUGUUGCCAAUAUAUAGAUGACAUAUAUUUUUGGAUCUAUGCUUUUCAAGAAUGUUUUGAGAAAUAAAUUCUUUUAUUUCUUAUCGUUGACAGUUAUUGUAACUGUCAUGUUGGUAUAUUUAUAUUUUCUAUAGCCUUAAACUUUUUGUUAUCUAUCGGAAAUUUUACUUGUAUGUUAUAAUUGUUAGAUUAUUAGAUUUCGACCAUAAUACGAUACAUUUUACUAAAGGGACGACGCCAUUUUUGGAUUUUUAAAAUUAAUAGGUAGGUAGAAAUGAGAAAGGAAAUUAUCUGAUAAAAUUAAAAUAUAUUAAUGGCAACCCAGUGCAAUAGUAGAAGUUUGCAUAUUCAGCUUAGCGAUUAUAUAUGUUUUUAUAUAUAAAUCAUCAGACCUUAAAGCGUUCGGUUUUUAUCAUACUAAUGUAAGCUUCUACUAAGCACACAGUAAUUACGUACACAAUAAUAAUUGGCUGGCUUUAUUCGUUGGCUUGUAUGUGAUAUUGAUUUGUAAGGAUCGUUGUUAAUGAGGUUUAUAUUAAAUUAAUUUUAAAACAACUCAUAAAUGUGACUUGAAAUGCUUAACACCAAUUUAUAAAUACUCAGUGUGGUGUGGUGUGACGUAAGUAGUUGUCGACGCAGUAAUCUAUAUAAAAAUAAUUAAAAUAAAACUUUUUUGGUGAUUCGGUAUAAUAUUUUGUGCUGUAGCCUGUAUGUCGCGACAGAAAAAUAUUUCCCAACAAAAAUGGUACUGGAAUAUAAACGUCAUCGAAUCCUUUUAUAAAAAUUGGUUAAUAUUUUAAGAAAUUGUGAAUUCUUAAAUGAUAUAUUUUUAUUUGUCGAAUGAAUUGUUCCUAGAAAUGGUUGUCUAAACAUUUUAGUACUUAACUUGUAAUAUAUAGCGUCAUCGCAUUUGAUUGCUUUUGCUCUUUAUUCUUCAGAUAUUGGCUUCAUUCUGUGAUGUUUCAUAUGUAAUUAUUAUCAUUUUCGACUAUACAUAUAACAGACGAUUAUGAAAUAUUUAAAAAAAAUAUAGUUAUAAUUAUUUUUUUUUAAUUUGUAUCUUUUUCAAUCAAGAAGACUAGAAUUAACAUAAUUCCUUUCAAAGAUUAAUGGCCGUCCGCCAUAUUGGAUUUAAGAUGACAGUUAGAUUAGUUUGGAGAAUUGACGUCAAAAAAACUUUUUAUCAAUAAUUGUAUUUAACAAUUAAAAUAUUAAUGUAUAGCUGAAUAGUGAAUCGUGUAGGUGGUCUAAACAUAGGACUAUAAGUUUAAAUGUAAUUUGAUGUCACACCAAUUGAAUUAGAUUUUUAAAAUGUUUAUGAUAUAUUACUGAUUAGAUAUUUUUAAUGAUAUUAUAAGUUGUAAGCAUGCUUUCGCGGACCAUUAUUACAUUCCUGUAUAGUUUAAUAUGAAGUGAAAAUAUACUAUUGAUGUUGCAAAA